AUCGACUCCCCAGAAGCAGCCACACAUCUCUUGCCGCUCCAUCGACAUUCCUGGCAUCCCUCAAUCUAAGGUGCUGCAGGACCGCCGUCAAACCUCAGCGGGGCUUCAAUCUCUCAAACAGUGCACCUUCGCUGUCAUCACUCACACCAAUCCAAUCGAACUGCGGACAUAAUCGUCACCACAGCAAUCCCUUCAAAACCACAAUCCCCACGGUUUCCUCUCGCACACCGCAGCCUUCCUGCGCCGUCACACAAAUUGUUGGGUUCUAUCUAAGCUUCCAAUUCGGCAUCGCGAGCUCCCAUAUUGACGUUCGGAACCCUCAGCGGGUGGGUUCACCCACGCUCUGUCCAGGGAGGUGGUGAGGUCCGCGAGGGUUGUUGUGGCAGGGUUGGUUGUUGAGGGGUGUUUGGAACGCGACGGUCAUGUAGUAAUUCAAUUCGGUGGGCAAGGGAGGUGAGAAGCUAGGCUACUCGUGUGCGGCACCCGCGGAGAGUCUGUGGGGAUGGCGGCCAUCCAGAUGUCGAGGCUCCAUGCCGCGCAUUCGUGCACCGUUGCAAGCCAGUGCAAUCUGUCGACAGAGAAGGCGCGGAGUCGCGUGGCGAAAGCUCCGUGUUCGCUUUCGUCGUCCGGCAGCCUGAGCCGAGGGGCGUGGGGCGGGGAUUUGGGGCAGAUGAAGGUGGAGGGCAGGAAGAGGAUGUGGUCGCCGGUGGCAGUUUAUGGUGAUUCCGCAUCUGCGAGGUCGGAGGACGUCGAGGACGAUGGAGGGAGCAGCAUGGAAUGGCUGAGUCCGACGAGCGAGAAUCCCAUGGAAGAGUGGCUGCGAAAGGGCGACGAGCGCGAGGGUGAUGCGUGGAGGGAGGAAUGCGGGGUGGUGGCUAUCUUCGGAGAUCCGGAGGCCAGCAGGCUGUGUUAUUUGUCUCUGCACGCUUUGCAACACAGGGGCCAGGAGGGCGCUGGGAUAGUGACGGCCAACGAGCAUACUUUGCAUGCCGUGACGGGCAUGGGGCUGGUAAGCGAAGUCUUCGACGAGAGCAAGCUGAAGAAGCUACCUGGGACUUCCGCCAUCGGGCAUGUGCGGUAUGCUACCGCAGGAGCUUCCGUGCUGAAGAAUGUGCAGCCGUUCGUGGCUGGAUAUCGGUUCGGGUCUCUGGCACUGGCGCACAACGGGAAUUUGGUGAACUACUCGUCCUUGAGGGCGAGGCUGGAGGAGAAUGGUUCCAUAUUCAACACGUCGUCGGAUACGGAGGUUAUUCUUCACCUGAUCGCCAUAUCGAAGAAGCGUCCGUUUGUGGCUCGCCUGGUGGAUGCGUGCGAGCAGCUGGAGGGAGCGUAUUCUCUCGUGUUCCUGUCAGAAGACAAGGUGGUUGCGGUCCGGGACCCUCAUGGAUUCCGACCGUUGGUGAUGGGCAGGAAGAGCAAUGGAGCAUACGUGUUCGCUUCAGAAACGUGUGCCCUGGACCUCAUCGAGGCCGAGUACGUGCGUGAGGUCCAACCUGGAGAAAUGGUGGUGAUCGACAAGAACGAGGGGUACAGCUCCUCAUGCCUGAUGCCGAGAGUGGAGAGAAAAGCGUGCAUCUUCGAGCACAUCUACUUCGCGCAACCGAACUCGAUCGUGUUUGGCAGGUCCGUGUACGACUCGCGAUACGAGUAUGGGCGAAUAUUGGCCGAGACGGCGCCCGUGGAGUGCGACGUCGUGAUCGCGAUACCCGACUCGGGGGUGGUGGCUGCGCUGGGUUAUGCGGCGCAAGCAAACGUUCCGUUUCAGCAAGGUCUGAUUAGGUCGCACUACGUGGGGCGGACGUUCAUCGAGCCAUCUCAGAAGAUCAGGGACUUUGGUGUGAAGUUGAAGCUGGCACCAGUUGCUCACGUGCUGAAGGGGAAGCGAGUGGUGGUGAUCGACGACUCCAUCGUCCGUGGGACUACCUCCAUCAAGAUAGUGAGACUGCUGAAGGAGGCUGGGGCCAAGGAGGUGCACAUGAGGAUUGCGAGUCCUCCCAUCACCGGGUCUUGCUACUAUGGUGUGGACACUCCGAGCAAGGAGGAGCUGAUUUCCUACAGGCUGAACGUAGAGGAAACGAGGAAGGUGCUUGGCGCAGACUCGCUGGCGUUUUUGCCGCUUGAGCGACUGAGGGGGAUGCUGGAGGACGAAGCCCCGAAGUUUUGUGACGCGUGCUUCUCGGGGGCGUACGCGGUUCCUCCGAGGGACUUGACCAAGUUCAAGGACGAGAAGUUGAAGCCUGUGCUGGUGGUGAACGAGGGGUUCGAGGGGAAGAUCGAGGCAACUGCAGAAGAGACGCAGGCUGCGGAGGAAGAGGCUUCUGCUGCUGGGCAGGCACCGCCUGUUGUGGCUGCUUGAGAGAGUGGAGUGGGGUGAUUGAGGGCUGUGCAUGGUUUGCGUCUUCCGCGAAUUUUGUAGGUGGCUUGCUUCUGGCCGUGCCGAUGAAGCUUGAGGUGAUCGCGUGGGCACGAGGUUCUGCGAGCAUGCGGUUGACUUUGUCGGGGAUGGUCUGGAGAUGGAGGAGCUACGACAGAGUGCAACACAGAGCGUGACAGUUGGUUAGGGGGACGCUGGAAGAUAGGGGAGGGCGGUCGUUCUUAGGUGGUAUCGGCAGUGGCCAUCCGUGGAUCCUGGUAUGUAUUCUGGGCAGUUUGGAGGCCGGAAGAGAAACGGUGGAUCAGCAGGGUGUGGUCGGGAGUAGCGCGCGUGUCGGGUGCCCUUGGUUGUUUCAUUCUGGUGGGCACGUGAUUCAGAUUUGCAGUCGAACAGUUUGUUAAGUUCGAUGAAGCAGACUUGCUGAAGGAAGAAUUCCGUUUGCAGGAUUUUUUUUGUGGUGAUUCGUUGGGGUGUUGUGAUGAUGGAGUGGCCAUCGUUGCGGGACUGCCGUCUGGGAUGUGCUAGUUGCCGUGUGUGCAUGGCAUGAUUGUGUAGCUUGGUAGCAUAAGUAGUGCGCAGGCAGGUCGAUCGCAGGAAUGGUAGGGAUGCGGAGAGUUGCGUAGUGAUGGUUGGUGGGACGUUUAUUGGAGUUUGCGUGACCCGAGGUGCGAACGGUGACAUACUACCGGUGCACGGUCUGGUGUUUGAGCGGGGGGUGGACAUCACGAGGAAACAUGGAUGUUUGUUAUUGCGGGGACUGAUCGCAUUGCCGCAUGUAACGUGAACGUAACCUUGAGCAACAUAGAUAUGCCGCUGAUUUGUUCA